ACUGUGGAGUAGUGAUGUGGGAAAGCACGGAUAUUACAGGAAAAACACUUUCAUUUUCGAUUUUUAUGCUGAGUAACUGCAAGUAAUCAAUCCGCCGUCUCUUUGGCGUCGAAUUACUCAGUAAAAACCGCGUUUUUUUGUACUUGAUUAUUAUUUAGAUCGAAGCCAAAACUCUUGAACAAGUUUAGCUAACUUUUCUUUUGCAGAAACAAGAUGACUUCUCUUGAUAUUCGCCAUGAAUCUAAGAAGCAGGUUGAUGAAUUCUGCCAGACUCUCUCCAAGGAGGCAGAAGAACUGCUUUCCAAAUUUUUCCCGGAGAAGAUUGAGCAGCUGCAGAUGUUGCUGAAGACGUCUUUUAACUGUGACGACCUAGCGUCCUUGAAGGCCCCACUGGACAUCCCAAUACCAGAUCCAGCAAAAGAGGAGGAAAAACGGAAGAAGAAGGAGGAAAAAGAUGCAAAAGAGGGUAAAAAAGACAAGGACAGCGAUAAAGAGGAUGAAGAUGCAGGUCCUCCUUGCGGUCCCAUCUAUAGCAACGAGCGAGUUGAGAGCCUCCUGCAGGAGGUCAAGCCGGAGAUCCAGACGCUGAAGGAGAAGCUCAACACGGUAUCAAUGUGGGUGCAGCUCCAGAUCCCUAGAAUUGAGGACGGCAACAACUUUGGAGUAGCUGUACAGGAGAAAGUGUUCGAGCUGCUGACCAGCACACGCACCAAGAUUGAGGCAAUCCAGACUCAGAUUUCAAAAUAUUACAGUGAGAGAGGUGACGCUGUAGCCAAGGCCUCCAAACAACCCCACGUGGGCGACUACCGACAGUUGGUUCACGAGCUGGACCAAUACCAGUACUGCGAGCUGCGACUUCACAUCCUGGACAUCCGCAACACAUAUGCUGUGCUGUUUGACAUCAUUAACAAGAACUACGACAAGAUCAAGAGGCCCAGAGGAGAUGGGAAAGCUCUCAUCUACUGAGACUGGCUUUUACACAACAAGUGUAGCAUGACACUGUUAUAACAAUCCCCAAUCUCUUACAAGAAAAAAAAAGAAAGUUUUCAUUUUCUCCCUGUGCUAGCAUUUUGGUUUGGAUUACAAAAUAAAGCAACAUAAUCCCUCUUGAA